AUGGGCGGAGUUGAGUUUGAAGGCACUGUUAAUCCUACUGAUGCUGAGCAGUGGUUGGAGCACAUGGAGAGAGUAUUUGAGCAAUUAGAGUGUUUAGAAGCUGCCAAAUUUAAGUAUGUUGUCUCACUGUUACAAAAAUAUGCUUAUGACUUGUGGGUAAGUGUGCCGAAUGCCAAGGAAAAACCUUCCGUUCUUACUUGGAAUGAUUUUGUGAAAGAAUUUCAUAUGAAGUAUGUCCCACUUGCUUAUCAUGAUGCAAAGAAAAAGGAGUUUCUGAAUUUAGAGCAAAUGAGUAUGUCUAUUGCGGAAUAUCAACAAAAGUUUCCCAAGCUUUCUCGUUAUGCUGGUGGUAUUAUCAAUAAUGGAAUAGAUAAGUACAGGCGAUUCGAAGACAGUUUGAAUGAUUCCAUCAGAAAGUUUGUGGAAAGAAUCAACAAGGAACAAGCUAGUAGAAAUGAAAACAAGUUCAGAAAAGCUGAUGUAGAUUUAGGAGGUCCAUCUAAAAGGGGAAGGUUUGACAAUUGUAAAGCUGGUAGUGUUUACAAGUCAGCCCAGCAUAAGCAAAAUAUAUCAAAUUUCUCUACUCCUAGCACUCCAAGCUAUGGCCAAGGCAAGACGCGUAUACCCACUUGUGCACAAUGUGGAAAGAAUCACUAUGGUACUUGCAGGAGAGCUUCUGGUGCUUGUUUUAAUUGUGGGCGCUUCGAUCAUAAAGUGAAGGAUUGUCCAAAUCCUAACCUUAUUUCUUCUCUGUGUACGGAAGGCUCAGUUCAGAAACCUAUUACCACUCCUUCUCAAGGGAAUAGAGGUGCAAGAUCUAGAAACAUACAAGCAACAAGUGCAGGUGGAGCUAAUCAAGCUAGUGGGUCAAGAGCUACAUCACGAGCUUAUGCUAUGAGACAGAGGGAUGGCUAA